AUGGAGAACAAUCAGACACGGAUCACCGAAGUCAUCCUACUGGGAUUCCAGGUUAACCCAGCACUGGAGUUGUUCCUCUUUGGGUUCUUCUUGCUAUUCUACAGCCUCACCCUCAUGAGCAAUGGAAUUAUCCUGGGGCUCAUCUGCCUGGACUCCAGACUACACACCCCCAUGUACUUCUUCCUCUCACACUUGGCCAUUGUUGACAUGUCCUAUGCUUCAAGCACUGUCCCGAAGAUGCUAGCAAAUCUUGUGAUGCAGAAAAAAAUCAUUUCCUUUGCUCCAUGCCUACUUCAGACAUUUUUGUAUUUGGCUUUUGCUGUUACAGAGUGUAUGAUUUUGCUGGUGAUGUCCUAUGAUCGGUAUGUGGCCAUCUGCUGCCCCUUGCAAUACACCCUCAUCAUGAGCUGGCGAGCGUGCGUUGUUCUGGCCGCCACUUGCUGGAUAUUCAGCUUUCUCUUGGCUCUGGUUCAUAUUACUCUCAUUCUGAGGCUGCCCUUUUGUGGGCCACAAAAAAUCAAUCACUUUUUUUGUCAAAUUAUGUCAGUUUUCAAAUUGGCCUGUGCUGACACUAGGCUCAACCAAGUUGUCCUUUUUGCGGGCUCUGUGUUUGUCCUAGUAGGGCCCCUCUGCUUGGUGCUGGUCUCCUACUCACGCAUUCUGGUCGCCAUCCUGAGGAUCAAGUCAGGGGAGGGCCGCAGGAAGGCCUUCUCCACCUGCUCCUCCCACCUCUGCAUAGUUGGACUCUUCUUUGGCAGUGCCAUCAUCAUGUAUGUCGCCCCCAUGUCCCACAAUUCUCAAGAACAGAGGAAAAUUCUAUCAUUGUUUUACAGCCUUUUCAAUCCUAUGCUGAAUCCCCUGAUCUACGGUUUGAGAAAUGCAGAGGUGAAAGUUGCCUUAAGAAGAGUUCUUUGGAAACAGAGAUCAAUGUGA